GUGGGAGGGAGGAUCCGCCUGAGUGACGUAAAGCUCCUUUGUCAAUGUGAGAUGCAAGACACAACACGACACCCGUGUGAAAGUUCACCCUACUUCUCCUAACUGCUGACGCCUCCACGGGUGCUGUCGCCUCUCUCUCGCACCCACCCACGCUCCUGUGUGUCCUCGCCACCCUCAGGAGCUCCCAGCACGAUCUGGAGAGGCAGAGAACCUGAGAAAUAAGGUCAAUGGCGGAGUUUCAGGUCCGCGCUAUGGCUGACGGGGGCAGUCCCGAAGACCUGCCCCAGAGAGGGAGAGUCACUGAAGUUUGUCGAGAGUGGCUACUGCAUGAAGAUCAAGCCUUGGCCUACAGGCUACAAAAUGAAGAAUAUCAGACCCACUUACUCACUAACCGUGAAAGGAACCAAUUGCUGCGUCAAGAUACUCCUAAGGCUCGAGAAGAGCAGAUGAGAGAAGACCAUGAAGCUGCCUUAGCUCAAACUGCUUAUGAGUUGGCUCUGGCCCAGCAGGAAGCUCGCGAUGCAGACUUGGCAGCUAAUUUGGCACAGAAGCUGAAUGUUCAGGACCUGGAGAAACAGAAGCAACAAGAAGAGCAAGAUAUGCUGUAUGCACGCAGUCUGAUGGAAAGAGAAAAAGAUGCCAUACGGCAAAGUCGAGAAUUGCGGCAAGUGGAAAGAGAAGCUGCAUACCUUGGCAUAAACUCUGGGAGUGACAAUGUGGCCUUACUGUCACGCAAAGAACGCAGGGAACGUGACAUGAAUGGCACAGUUGGAAGUGAUCGAUCAGCACAUAGUAAUGCAAGUGCAGUUUCAUCGGAUUUGUCCGACUUGAGUGACUUUUGCCUGCAGCCUACAGAGGACAUGGAUGAAGAGGAGCAAAGGGCUCUACAGGAGGGACAAGAUGCUGAGUUAGCCCGGCUACUUCAGGAGCAGGAUGGGAAGAGGCGUGGAGACCUCCUCCACCAGGACCAACUUUUGGCCAUCGAGGCGCAGGACAGAGAGCUGGCCAAGGUGCUGCAGGAGCAGGAACGAGCUAAAGCUAAAAAAGCUCGUGAGAAGGCUCGGCAGAAGGCCCUUCAGAAAAAGCAGUCUCAACUUACAAAUAUAUCACCAGAAUUCUUGCCUGAUGCCUCUGGACCCAGUGCUCAGAUUGGAAGAAGCAGCAACUCACCUAUAAGAUCAUUAUCAGUAUCCUCUGACCAACCUGGACCAUCUAACUAUUCCCACCAAGAAUCUCCUGGAUUUACAGACUAUACAAGAUCUAGCCCUACCUACAUGUCUCCUAGAGAGGAUGCGGAUGUAGACUGGCAGGAUCCUCGAGGGAGGCCAUUGCAGAGACCUAACUCGCUUGACUUGCCUGGCACAUCACACUCAUAUGCUGUUUCUUACCAAGAAAAAUCAAAACAUGCCCAUCAUCAAUUUCCUUUGGGGAAAACCAAUAAACCAAGGCUUCCUGACCCUGAAGCUGCUGCUGUUGAAUUGACAGGAAGCAGCAGCAGCAGCAGCAUGGAACGAAGCCCGGCAAUGGGAUUCACCAACAUUGCAUGUGCCAUUGACCCAACCUAUCAGCGUCGAGUGAUGAGGGGAGAGCUGACCUCACCCCAGUCAUCGUCGUCGUCAUCUUCAUCUAGUAGUGGUACAGGAGGUUUGACUGGAGCUUCAAUUGCAUCCCCAAUCUCACCAUUGCCACCUCCAGUUUUUGACGAUGAUGAUGAUUACCCUGUGCCACCAUACAUGCCCAUCCAAGGUCAGCGGCGCACUGCUAGUUUAGAGAAGAACCACAGACUAAAACCACCAAAGGAGAAGUCUAAUAGUAAGGAUGGCUGUAAGCAACAGUAGUAUAUUUGCUUCCAAACCACUGUUUACAUUGUGCUCUUCCAAACAUUUUGCCAUUUGCUUGUAUAUACAGUGAAAUAUAGUUCAUCACAGUUACAUUAUGUAUUAUGUCAUAGAUGGCACUGAGAUGUGACUAAUUAUCCAUACACACUUGUGCUGUAUACAGGUUUGUCAGUCAUCAUCAUGAGUGUAAUAUUAACAAUUAGCUGAAAGAUAUCAAGGAAAUAUGUGACACAUUGCAAUUAUUUGGUAAAUAGAUGAAUAAAAUGUUAUUGGGUGAAAAAAAGUAUUGAAACAUUAUGGGGACUGUGCAAUUCAGAUCUGUUGGCAAUUUUUUUCCCAUGUGGAUUAUAAGAAACACAGUUGCUUAUUUUGGCAGCAUUAUAAACCUACUUCUUUAUCUUGAGGUCUGAAAGGAUUAAUUUGUCAUGCCAUUAACUUCCUGCUUUACUGCAUUAGUGUUAAUGAUUUUUGUAUUGGCUUCACUAGGGCCUUGGGAAAAAAGGUGGCCUCAAUUUUUACAUUUGAGUUGGGAAAAAUCUUGCUGAAGUCUAGUAGUUUCAUUGAGCUAUAGCACCAUCUUAAUUAUAACCAAAGCAUUCAUUCCUGAAUCUCAAAAUGUAAUAUACAAAUAUAUAUUUAUAGAUAUAUUUUUACUCCACCAAAAGUUAGAAGUAUAAGGAAGAGAAGGUUAGAGUAAGUGGGAUUUCCUACAUAGGUUCAGUUAGGUCAUGGGACCAGUUUAGGAGUUCUUCUCACAUGGCAUGCAUUCCAUAUGGGAUGUGGGACCAGGAUUUUUUCUUCAAUAUUUUGUACGAGAUGUGUGAAUUAUAUUCAGUCUGUAGCCCCAAUUAAACAGUACAGUACUUCCCAUUUGAAUAUUGUGCUUUCUAAUUUUCUGAACUGUGAGUGCAUGCUAAUGGUAGGGCUUUAUAGUAUAUUAACUGCUAAGCAUCAUUUUUUCACUGCCAAUGGGCUGAUCAUAUAUGGUUGAUCAAAAUGGAUACUUGGGUUCCAGCCUGAUUGAAAGUUAGUAUUAAGAUUUAUAAUAUAUUUAAAAUAUUAAGGUUAAUACUGUCCUGUGCAGUAUUGGAUUAUGCAGCUUACCUUCCAAUACAUCUAAGGAAUUAGAUUACCUUAACAUACAUAAAUAUUUAAAGGAUAGUUCACCAGUUUUGUUCAUUAGAGGAACUCGCAUGUUUCUAAAACACUUUUUAUGAAAAGUUCAGAGAUGGAAACACUUUGACAGAAAUGUAUUCAGUCUUGUUAAAAGUUUUGUAAUUGAGUUGUUGAUUAUUAGGGUAUUGGUUAAUUGUGACACACAUAUUGGGCAUUUUACUAUGUCUUUGUAGUUACUGGCAUUUAUACAGAUUUAUCUUUGACCUGUUCCUUAUCCAAAGUUUGGACAAAUGGAUCUCGAAUAUGACCCAUUUCUGGCAUGUUCUGUUCUGUUUUAAUUUUGCCUAAAUCUUCAAACAUCAAUGGGCACAGUCUGUCCUGCCAUGACAUGUCAUCUACCACUGAUGUAGAGUCUGGUGGUGGUCACGCCUCAGUCAAACAACUAUAGUUAUACACCUGACCUACCACAACACUUCAGCCACAACAUAGUAGACAUAGUCUGAUGGUGGUAAUGCCCUGGUCACAUCACAUGACCAAUGCAAUAUGUCAGCUGGCAUUCAAGUGUGUUGUGGAGGUGGUGGGAUGAUUGCUGAUGUUUUUUUAAACUUUUGCUCUCAGUCAGUGACUUUAUUUUAUGGUAGUAAAGCAAGUUUGCAUUAAGUGAUGCAUUCUUACAACAAAGAAGUUAGUUUAACCCUUUGACUGUUUUGGUCGUAUAUAUAUGUCUUACAAGCCACCGUUUUUGACGUAUAUAUACUCAUGAAAUCUAGUGGCUUCAAAUCAAGCAGGAGAAAGCUGGUAGGCCCACAUGUGAGAGAAUGGGCCUGUGUGAUCAGUGUGCACCAUAUAAAAAAAUCCUGCAGCACACAGUGCAUAAUGGGGAAAAAAAAAACUCCGACCGUUUUUUUUUUAAUUAAAAUGCCGACUUUGUGGUCUAUUUUCGUAUAGUAUUUAUGGUCUCAUUUAGUAUUUCUUGGUCUUGUUUGAUAGAAUGAAAAACAUAUUAUAGAAAUAGAGGUGAUUUUGAUUGGUUUUAUUAUGAAAAGAACCUUGAAAUGGAGCUUAAAUUAGGGGAAAUGUUUGAUUUUUGCCAAUGUUCAAAAGUAAACAAAUGAUGUCAUUUUCCAAUAAAUGUCCAAGUAGCCAUUCUAAUAUGCAGUCAUGAAUGGGUUGACAUUAUUUAUACAAUUAUUACAAUAUUGAAGUAGUCUGCAUAACAGUAAAUCUUCUAUUUCUUGUUUGAAUAAAAAUUCAAAAUAGAAAGCAAGAGUAAUAUCAGAGGGGCAUGGAGACAUGACUGAUGAACAAAGAAAAUGUUAUUUUAGAGCCAGGAAUGUCUGCAUUUUUCAUUCUGGACCCUAUUUUGAAAUUGUCAUAUUUUUUAAUUUUCGUGAAAUUGGCCAAAUUGCAAAUUUCUGACCACGUUAUUGGGUAGUUGAAAUCGGUAAAUGGGCAGUUUCUUGUACUCAAUCGAUAAAAAAACAUGGAGUUCUAAAGAAAUAGCUAUGAGUUUGGUAGACUGGAACAAUGGAAUUAGCCAAAAAUAGGGCUCAAAGUGGGUGAAAUCACUGAUUUGUAAAUAUCACCGAGGUCGCUAACUUCGCGAGAGCGUAAUUUCGUCAGUUUUCCAUCAAAUUUUGUUCUUCUGGUGUCAUUACAAUCGGGAAAAGAUUCCCUAUCAUUUCAUAAGAUUUUUUUUUUUUUUUUUAAUUUUGCGAAACCAGGACACACCUCAGGAUUUGGGGCUGCGACAGUCAAAGGGUUAAAUAUUAGGUGAAGUGCAGGUAAAAAAUGUCCCUGAAUGCACCAAGCCUGUUAUUAUUUUUCUCCUUGAACCAAAAAAUAGAAUCUUAAAGGUAAUCUUAGCAAUCUGUCUGUACUUAUUUAAUGUCUUGUAUGUUACGUAUUUUAGUUGUAGAGAUAUGAAAUGUUACACGUACCUUGCUCAGGGUAAGAGGUAAUGCACCAGGAAAACUGGUGUUAAUCCAAUGUGUUCUAGCAGUAAUACUACACACUAAGCUAUGUCUUGGAUGCCUUGUUCCCUUUAGGAAUGCCCAUUCCUUCAGGGAGUGGCCUUAUCUAAUAUCUUCCCACACACUUCUGUCACCAACAUGUAUUAAGACUUUAAAAGAACAACAAUUGGAAUAUAUACUAAAGAAUGUCAUGUGUUUUUAAAAUUGCUGAGACUGUUUAAAACUCGAAGGCUUUUAGGGCAAGUAACAAAAAUUCACUUAUUAUAGCAUUUAAUGUCUUACUGGGUCUUUUGAUUCAGGUCACUCACUAUAUUGUAUCACAUAUGACAUACUCAUAUGUUUGCUACAUAAGGCUUCCUAAUUUAAGUAUGUUAAUGUCUUAUACCAUAUUAUGAAUUAAUUUAAAAAAUAAGUGAAAUGUAAUGCUGUAUUCAGGAUGGUUAUCUGUAGAUAUUGAAACAUUUGUAUUUUUCUUACUAGCUAUUUAUCCAAAUUGUGAAAAGUUUUCUAUAUUUGUUUCUCAUAGUGUACAAAUUAAAUUAUGCUUAAUCACUUCCUGGAGGUAGGAAGGACAGUGCCUGUAUCCUGAAGGAAGGGUGGAGAUGUUGCAUUCAAAUGGUCAUUCAAUUUGUGAUAUCUGCACACUUCUGGUAAAACAGCUAUUAAAUGAUGAUAAUGAUUUUUUUCUCCAACCUUGAUGGGAGAUGGCCAGUGCAUUAAAAUAAAUAUUUUAAUUUAAUUAGAUUUGUUAUAUGAAAUCUAUCCCUAAUCUGUCUACCUUCUUUUUCCUCUCUUCUUACCCACCCAGUCCAUCCUUGUCACACUAUACAAACACAUUACAACAGAGAAAAAUGUUAGGACAUAUGGGGUUUUGCCAAUCACAGAAAGAGAAAGGGCCAAAAACAGAAGAAAUGUACCUCUUACAAUAAGAAAAUAAGCAUUCCUCUAUCUACACAAACUGACAGAAGUUACUCACCCCAUAGCCACCCCCCUCUCCCUUAAACCUGUAAAGAAACAACCAUGAGAAGUUGUGUAAGAAUGGUAUAUAAUACCGACAAGAUGAAAUUAAGACACAUGUGCAACAUCUGGGUAUCUUUAUUGUAGACGUUUCACCAUCCAGUGGUUUUAUCAAUACAAAUUCUAGGACAUAACUUGAAGACAGUAGAACUAAGUACAGAAGAUGAGGUAAUCAAGUCCCUCAACCUAGGAGUAGGUGCGAAAAGCACCAUAGUCGCCACUGGAUGGUGAAACGUCUACAAUAAAGAUACCCAGAUGUUGCAUAUGUGUCUUAAUUUCAACCAUGAGAAGUACUCAUCCUAUAACCUCCAACUUAAACAUCCACAACCAGUAGUCAGACAUCAUCCACAAGAACUCUUCCUUGCCCAGCAAUAGUCUUCAGUCACUAAACACUCCACAGUAUCCCAUAAAUUUACUCGUUCAUCAACUCUGGCAGUUACCACCCUUCACUUACACUAGUAUUAUAUGCUAUUCCUUAGACACCUAUACACAACUAAAAAGACAUCCAUACCACCUAGGUACAAACUCGCAUACAUACCCAAGGCUCCAUAUGACACCUUUCACUUCUGUACUACCCCUACACCUUCUUCCUUUUUCCCCUCUUUCUUACAAAACAUCACCCCAUUACUCCCAGGCCCCAUCAACUUUACACGAUAUAUAUAUCGCCCCAAAAUCAGACAUACACUGGCAAAACGGAAGCAUCAAUAAAAGUAAUGUAUACAUUCAUAGAUGGGAUUACUUAUAAAAUCUAGGAAUUUAAUUUAAGAGAAAAGAAAAAGGAUCUGUUCUCAUUGCAAUUACAAAAGCCAAGCUAACUUUCCUACGGGAUUCUGGAUAAAAUGAGACAAUAAAGGUCAGUGAUAAAAAAAAAUGGGCAGUGUUUGAAGAAAUGUCAAUUUUUGGCUGUGAUAAAUUUUUAUAUUAUAAAGCACUUACUGUGUAAAACUGAUUCAGUUAUUGGAAUUUAACCCAAACAAAACAAAGUUAUGAAGCUGGGAGAGGAAAGGAUAGCAAAAACAUAGUACCAUAAUGACGAGGAAAAGCUCACAGGAAAAAACAAAUACACAAAGACCUUGAAAGAACCAUUACCCCAAACCUCUUCCCUGAUGUCCGCAAACAGAAUAACAUCAGCAGUAGAGGCUAAGCUUGAAAAUAUAUGACUGACAUUAAUAAACCUAGACAGAUUUAUAAAACACAUUUUACCUCGUAGUUGUAAGCAGUUCAUAUAUUUGUAGCUCCAGUGUGGAACCCUUGCCUAAUAAAUACAAUUGAAACUUAAGGCAGGACAAACCAGUGCAUUAAGACUUUUCCUGAACUGAAGGGAAUGAAAUAAAUAAAGGAAAAUGUGAGAAUCAAGCUUGAAGAACCUGCAAAAUACUGAGGAAGGCAUACGGAGUAUACAAGGAUAGGUUCUUUAUGGGAGAUAUAAAAGAGUAAAUUGGAAAUUACACAAAGUAUGACACAUAUUGGCAGUUUGGAGGGAUAUGUUGUGUAUCUUUACACGUAUAUGCUUCUAAACUGUUGUAUUCUGAGCACCUCUGCAAAAACAGUGAUAAUGUGUGAAAGUGCUGAAUGAUGAUGAAAGUAUUUUCUUUUUGGGGAUUUUCUUUCUUUUUUGGGUCACCCUGCCUCGGUGGUAGACGGCCGACUUGUUGAAAAAAGAAAAAAAAUGACACAUGGAUAUCAGAAAGCAUUUUUUCAACAUGCAAGGGCAAAAGAAGGAGAACGAAUUGAACUGUGACACAGUUGAUAUGGAUGGUUAAAAAGUAGAUAUGACAGGAUUAACUUAAAUAGGUAUACCUGGAGAGGGUUUUGGGGAUCAAUGCCCCGGCAGCCCAGUCUGUGACUGGGCCUCAUGGUGGAUCAGGGCCUGAUCAACCAAAUUGUUACUGUUUUUCUACAUCCCACCCAUUUCAUAUGUACUGGCCUUUUUAUUUGGUUUCCUUUCAUUUUCUUUAAGUAGUUAUGGAUUCCUUUUUGCUUUUUAUUUUAAUUUAAAAUUUUUCGUGUAUAUAGUUCUGUGCAAAGAAAAUCAUUGCACUUUUCUCUAAGGAAUGAAUCAGCAUAGCAUUAUUGAAACAGAGUAGAACGCUUCAUACGGUACUUUUGUUUUUUUCAAAUUAUGUAGGGGUGAAAAAUGCCUUAAAGUUCAUGUAUGUGUAUGUAUUAUCAUUAUUUACUUAUCAACUUUACGUAAUUUAAAAAAAUCUGGGGAAAAUGGGAAUAUUGCAUAUGAAAUCCUUUAAAGUAAUAUUAAUGUGGGUCAUUCUGUACAUGUGUAGCCUUCAAUAAAUGACUUGAAAUUUAUUUUUUGCUUAAUGGAAUCGCUGAUAGCAUGUAGCCUUAAGGUCACAUGGAGCAGUAGCUAAUAAUACACUUGUUUAAAAAAAAUGCCUUAUACGUAAUCAAUUUUAGAAUGUUUUGAAUUUUCAUUUUUAUAUUUACAGUACAUGAAUUAUGGUAUAUAUUAUGCUAGGUUUCAAAUUAACAUUUAUGCCUUAUGCAGCAAGUUCUGACUUUGUUAAAAUUGUGUUUGCUGUUUUCUUCUCUUAACAAGGAAGUAAGGAUCUCAUUUUAUUUGUUUUGUACAUAUACUUUACUCAAAGUUGUGAGGCAAGUAAUAUUUUCUGAACAAAGGCUGGUCAGUAUUUUUGUAAAUAUAUUUGUCAAGAGCAUAAAUAUAUUCCUUAGCAGGUUUAAAAUAGGGAAUAAGGAACAUUAACAGCUUACUCCAGAAGAUGCACAAAUACUGUACCUGGAAAUAGAAAAUAGUCGCUAUUACACUCUGCAACAAAAUGUAGUUUACAGUAUGUUUUGUAACUGUACCUUGCAAAUUUAGAAAAGGGAUAGAUAAGUUACUUACUGUUAGUUUUUUUAAUUUUAUAUGCUGUCAUUUCAUAUUUGUAUACAUACUGGGGUUUCCUAAUGUAGUAAAAGAAAAAUUUGCCGUAUAUAUUCAUAUACUGUACAUUUCUUGGAGCAUAUAGUGACCCUCCAUAGAUGUUAGGAUAAUUCUUCAUGGUAAAAAUAUAUAUUCAUACAUACGUAAUUGUUUUACAUGAUGGUAGGAUUGCUGGUGUCUUUUUUUCUGUCUCAUAAACAUACAAGAUUUUGAGUACGUCUUGCUACUUCUACUUACACUUAGGUCACACUACACAUACAUGUACAAGCAUAUAUAUACACACCCCUCUGGGUUUUCUUCUAUUUUCUUUCUAGUUCUUGUUUAUUUCCUCUUAUCUCCGUGGGGAAGUGGAACAGAAUUCUUCCUCCAUGAGCUGUGUGUGUUGUAAGAGGAAACUAAAAUGCCGGGAGCAAGGGGCUAGCAACCCCUUCUCCUGUAUAUAUUACUAAAUGUAAAAGGAGAAACUUUCGUUUUUCCUUUUGGGCCACCCCACCUCGGUGGGAUACGGCCGGUGUGUUGAAAGAAAGAUGUAUAUAUAGUGUCAUGAAAUAUGAAGGCUUUUAUUUAUACAAUAAAAUCAUAAACCACUUGUUUUGUACAUUAAAUUUGGUUAUUGUACAAUUUGACAUUAGUUUCAUACAACAAAGUAUGUAUUAUGCAAGUUGUUGAUAAUGUGGUGGUGGUGUUCAGCUUAGACAGCACCAUGGAACACAAUGUGAGGACAUGCCUCUUUGUGUCAGGCUUCAAGUUUUAUAUCUGACGGUGUAAUUUACAGUAUAAUCAGCUGAUUAUUAUUAUAUUAAAAAUUGACUUCCAUGAUGUUCUAUCAAUAAUUCAGUUUGAUUACAAGAGAUUACUAUAUUUCCCAUUCAUUGUUUCCCAAGGAGGUUAGAGGGAUGUUCUCCCCACAGAAGAUAAGAACGUUGCUUCUUUUCAUAUACCAAAUUGUGCAACCUAGCACCCUGAAUUGUAUGAGAGUAACUAAUGCUAUCUAAUAAAAAAAAAUUGACAAUGUAAAUUUUUGUUGCAGUAGAUUGUGAUUUUACUCUUUUGAGAAAACUGGCAUCAGGACAUUAUCUAAGAGUAUAAUUAUCUUAUCAUAUGAUUUUUACUUUCUCUUUCUUGGAAGAAGUGCUAUCAGGAUAUUAUCUAAGACUAUUUACUUUCAUUCUGGAUUAUUUUAAGGCUUGUUACAUGCAGGAUUGCAGUCAAACGUAUAAUAUUUCAUAGGUUACUUUUUUGUUUCUCAAGACAUUAUUUUGAGCCUUUUUUUAUUACUAGCAUCAUACUAGGCAGCUUGUGUGUUAGUAUCUCAUAUCAAAUUAUAUUAUACUUCAUUUAUUAAAGUUUUAGUCAUACAAUACUUUAUUUUGCAGCCGAAGAUCAUAAUGGGCAUCUUAAAAGUUGUAUACUUUGUGUUUUUAAGUUUUAUAAAUAAAAUUUUAUAUAUUUUAUUGUUAAAAUAAAACAUUUUUAAUAUC